GACGUUGGGGGCGGGAAAGGAAGGUUCCCGGAAGUGAGUGUGGAGGAGCUGCCUGCCCAAAGCGCACGUUCCUCGCGCCCCCCAGCGCGGCUGCUCCCCGUCCCGCCGCCAUGGCCGAGCCGGGCCCCGCCGCCGGUCUGCUGCUGCUCCCGCUGCUGCUGAGCCCGGCCCUGGCCGGCGGAGCCGACGACACCGAGUGGGUCCGGCUGCCCAGCAAGUGCGAGGUGUGUAAGUAUGUGGCAGUAGAGCUGAAAUCUGCCUUUGAGGAAACUGGGAAGACAAAGGAGGUGAUUGACACAAAGUAUGGCUUUCUAGACGGAAAGGGGUCUGGAAUCAAGUACACGCAAUCGGAUAUCCGACUGAUCGAGGUGACAGAGACCAUCUGCAAGAGACUGUUGGACUAUAACCUGCACAAAGAGAGAACUGGCAGUAACCGGUUUGCAAAGGGAAUGUCGGAGACGUUUGAAACCCUGCACAACCUGGUGCAUAAGGGGGUGAAAGUGGUGAUGGACAUCCCCUAUGAGCUGUGGAACGAGACUUCUGCUGAAGUGGCUGACCUCAAGAAGCAGUGUGAUGUGCUGGUGGAGGAAUUCGAAGAUGUGAUCGAGGACUGGUACAGGCAUCACCAGAAGGAAGACCUGGCUCAGUUUCUCUGUGCGAACCAUGUGCUGAAAGGGAAAGACACAAGCUGCCUGGAAGAGCAAUGGGCCAGCAAGAAGGGAGAUGUAGCGACCACGGGGGAGAAGAAGACAAAGAAAAAGGGUGGCAAGAACAAGAAACCAGCAGAGAGGAAAAAGAAAAACAAGAAGGAGAAGGUUGAGGAAGCAAAAAGCCACCGGGACCCAAGUGCUGAAGGGAGCCCUGAGGAGGAGGGGGAUAUCCAGCCGAAGGCUCCCCUUGCGCACAGCCCAGCUGACGAGCUGUAGUCUCUCGGACGCUGCACACCGAUUUGCACCCCAUGGUAGGGACAGCGAAUGCUCUGGACACGUGGGAUAUUGGAUGCGCUCUGGGCAUUGCAACAGCCAGUUGUCUCCCAAGACGGUGACCCCUUAUUUCUGAAGGGAAAUAAAUUAGAACUCUUCUAA